CCCCGCCACCUUCCCCUCCCCUCCCUACCCUCCUCCCCGGCGCUCACUCCGCGCCCAGCGCCCCGCCGUGCGGCUCGGGAGGCGGCCCGGCCCCGCGCAGCCUCCGCCGGCUCCGCGCUGGGAGCCAGCAGGUCUCCGGGAAGCGCGGAGGGUGGGGGGGGAAUGCCGGAAUGCCCGGACCGCGGGGGCAAGGCGGCCCCCAUCCAUCAUAAAAUCUCCUUCUCCAUCUUAGACAUCCUGGAUCCUCAGAAAUUCAGCAGGAGACGCGAACCGGCCGCGGGGAGCUGGGGCAGCGCCCCCCGCUCGGGAGAACGGGAGGAAAGUUUGGGAAGAGUUGAAGUAGGAAAAGACGCUGCUGCUCUCGGCAGCGGGAAGAAUAAACUAGAGGCACAUGAUGCGUACCCCGCGUUGGAGAGCGGCACCGAGCGCGACGAGGAGGGUCCGGCCUCGGACGGCAGCGGGUCCGGAGCUCGCCCGGGCGUGGCGGAGGAGCCGGGCUCGCCGCGGGGCGGCAGGCGGCGGCGGGCCGAGCCGGGGUGCGGUAAGCCGCGGCGGGCGCGGACGGCCUUCACCUACGAGCAGCUGGUGGCCCUGGAGAACAAGUUCCGUGCGACGCGGUACCUGUCGGUGUGCGAGCGCCUCAGCCUGGCGCUGUCCCUCAGCCUCACCGAGACGCAGGUGAAGAUCUGGUUCCAGAACCGGCGGACCAAGUGGAAGAAGCAGCACCCAGGAGCCGACGGGGCGGCCCCAUCCUCCCCCCCGACGGCGGCGGCGGCGGUGGUGACGGGCGGCGGCAGCCCCAGCCCACCGGGUCCCGGCGCUUUGCCCUUCCAGACUUUCCCUUCCUACGCGGCUGCCAACGUCCUGGUGCCGCCGGCAGCCCCCUUCGCGCUGGGCGCCGGCGCCUUCACGCCCUUCUUCGGCCCCGCUUUCCUCGGCCCCUUCUACGCCCCGCACCUCUGAGGCGGCGGCGGGACAGCCCGAGGCCAGGUGUGGGUCUCAGCGCCCUCCCUUCUGGUGGUUGCAUGGUGAUUUCAAGUGUAAGAAAGUUCAUUUCUAAGCGUCGCAGCAGCAUGUUUAAGGCACACUGACAAAGAGAAAAAGCCGCUGGAUUUUAUUAGCACAUUUGAGAUGUAAUUAUAGGUGUUGGAGAUGGGAACAGUGACUCUCUUUACACAUGCCCUGCACUAAUUCCCUCCAGAUUCUUCUCUGAGUUGGUUUCUAAAGCACUCCUCGCUGAUGUUUGGCUUGUUAGCACAUGUCUCAAUUCUCAAGGGCUUGGGAGCACU